CACCAGCGCAAGCAUCCCAAAAAACGAACAUUCUUUCAGUAAAUUCGUCACAUCGAUCAGCUCGCCAUGGACAGGGCCAUCAACCGCACGUACGAGGAGUACACCCCCGUCGUCGAAUGGAGCCACUCCGCGGACGCCAGCUUCGUCAAGAUCAUCGUCCCAGGGUUUAAGAGGGAGGAGAUCAGGGUGCUGGUGGACAACCACCGCCACCUGCGGACGCGCGGCGAGCGGCCGCUGGAGGGCAACAAGUGGAGCCGCUUCCAGAAGGACCUCCAGCUCCCCUCCGACUGCAACGUCGACGGCAUCCGAGCCAAGUUCGAGAACGAGGCGCUCACCAUCACGCUCCCCAAGAAGCACCCCUCGCACAAGGCCCCGCCGGCGACACCAGCAAUGCCGACGCCGGCGACGCCCAAGCCCGAGCCGAGGAGGCCGACAACUGCCGCGCCCCAGAAGCCGCCACCGGCGCUCCCUGAACCAGCGAAGCCGACGGUGCUGCCUCCUGUGCCCACUAAGAAGUCCUUCCCUGACCGCAGGCCGUCGAUGCCCAGGAAGCCGUCGGAUAUCCCUGCGCCGGCAAUUCCCGCGCCUCCCGUGCCAGCACCAGCUGCUGCCACCCCGAAGCCGGCGGAGGACUGGUUGAAAGAAGAGGCCAAGAAGGCGCAAGCGGCGGCGGCGGCCGAAGAGGAGGAGAAGCGGAUGGAAAGGGAGACGAGAGGAAAGAUGGAGGAAGAUCGGAAGAUGGUGGAGGACAUGAAGAAACCCAAGGAGGCGGAGGGGAUGAUGGGGGACAUGGACAUGGCGCAGCAGAGGAGGCGCCGUGGUCUGCUGGUGAACGUGGCGGUGGCGGUGGUGGUUCUCGUCGGGAUCACAGUGUACGUGUGGCGCAACCUGAGCGCGGCUGUCGGCGGCGACGGCAAUGGGGCUGUCGGAAGCGGGAGCUACGGUGACGAGAUGUGAAUGUGAAUGUGAUCGAGCAGCUGGUGCGAAGGAUAUAUCUGAGGUGUGUGAGGCCGAGUGAAAGUUCAUACGUAUGCGGGUGGGGUCGAGGAGGCUAUCAAGUACCAAAAUGCAAGUAUAUACGGAUGUGGUUUGUUGAUCAUGUAUAUGGUGUUGCAGAUUACAAAGACAUGCUUUGGCUGAUCAACCUAGUGAAAUAAAAAAUGAUUUGCACACACUUUUAACUUCCUAUA